AGAGAGAGAGAGAGAGAGAGAGAGAGAGAGAGAGUCAGUGCCACAGUGUUUUUCUCGGCAGAAGAGUCCAGUCUGGCUGCUUCAGGGGAGACACAGACGCGCUGUGCCCAGAGCUGCCCGGUGCAGGUUGACAAUGUGAAGGAGAAGCAGCCGAGUUGAUUUCCCUUUUAUCCAAACGUGGAUUGAUGGACCUCCAUCAUGGCAAAGUGGACAUGAUUCUACAUUCAGCGGCUGUGGCACAAUGUCGAAUAUGAUUUACCUGACUGCCGUAAGCAUUUUACUGUGCGAGGCGUUUGUGUUGUCUGAAGGCAAGUAUGAGAGGUCAGCGGUGCCCAGCUCUGCCUCUCGCCUGGUGGCCAGGAUGGACGGGGAUAUUAUAAUCGGUGCCCUCUUCUCCGUUCACCACCAACCCUCCGCUGAGAAGGUGGCAGAGAGGAAAUGCGGAGAGGUCCGCGAGCAGUACGGCAUCCAAAGAGUGGAGGCCAUGUUCCACGCCUUGGAUCGGAUUAACUCGGACCCGAACCUGUUGCCCAACAUCACCCUGGGCUGUGAAAUCAGGGACUCCUGCUGGCAUUCUUCGGUGGCCCUGGAGCAGAGCAUCGAGUUCAUAAGAGACUCUCUCAUCUCCAUCCGGGACGACGAGGACGGCUCCAGGUGGUGCAUCGAGGGGGUUCCCUCCAGUCAGCCGCCGUCAACCAAGAAGCCCAUCGCGGGGGUCAUCGGGCCCGGCUCCAGCUCCGUCGCAAUUCAAGUCCAGAACCUCCUGCAGCUGUUCAACAUCCCACAGAUCGCGUAUUCCGCAACCAGUAUCGACCUGAGCGACAAGACGUUGUUUAAGUACUUCCUCAGGGUGGUGCCCUCAGACACCCUUCAGGCCAGGGCCCUCCUGGAUAUCGUCAAACGGUACAACUGGACCUACGUGUCCGCAGUGCACACAGAGGGUAACUACGGUGAGAGUGGGAUGGAGGUGUUCAAAGAGCUCGCCUCACAGGACGGCCUCUGCGUCGCCCACUCUGACAAGAUCUACAGCAACGCCGGGGAGAAGCACUUCGACAGGCUGCUGAGGAAGCUGCGGGAGCGUCUGCCCAAAGCCAGAGUGGUGGUUUGCUUCUGUGAAGGCAUGACGGUCCGAGGGCUCCUCAUGGCCAUGAGACGGCUCGGAGUAGCCGGGGAGUUCCUCCUAAUUGGAAGCGACGGCUGGGCCGACCGGGUCGAGGUGGUGGAGGGAUACGAACAGGAGGCCGUGGGCGGCCUCACUGUGAAGCUGCAGUCUGACGAGGUCUCCUCCUUUGAUGACUACUUCCUGAAGCUCAAGCUCAACGCCAACACCCGCAACCCGUGGUUCCCGGAGUUCUGGCAAUACCGCUUCCAGUGCCGCCUCCCCGGCCACCCGCUGGAGAACCUCAACUACGCGCGAAACUGCACAGACGAUGAUGAUCUAGAACUCCAAGACGGUUACGAAAGUCUGGAGGACAACUACGUCCAGGACAGCAAGAUGGGCUUUGUCAUCAAUGCCAUCUACGCCAUGGCUCACGGGCUGCAUGACAUGCACGCUGUCCUGUGUCCCGGUCACGUUGGGCUCUGUGAGAACAUGAAGCCCGUCGAUGGCAGCCACCUGCUGGACUUUCUCCUCAAGACGUCCUUCGCAGGUGUUUCUGGAGAGGACAUAUGGUUCGAUGGGAACGGAGACUCACCCGGAAGGUAUGAGAUUAUGAACUUCCAGCAUGUGCAUCCGGGCGUUUAUGACUACAUCAACAUCGGCUCCUGGCAUGAGGGCGUGCUCAGUCUGGACGAUGACAUGAUGCAGAUAAACCGCAGCGACAUGGUCCGCUCCGUCUGCAGUGAGCCCUGCUCCAAAGGAGAGAUCAAGGUGAUCAGGAAGGGAGAAGUGAGCUGCUGCUGGAUCUGUACGGCCUGCAAGGACAACGAGGUUGUCCAGGACGAGUUCACAUGCAAGGCCUGUGAUCUGGGCUGGUGGCCCGACGAAGAGCUGGAAGGCUGUGAGCCGAUUCCCGUGCGCUGCCUGGAGUGGAGCAAUCCAGAGUCCAUCAUCCAGGUGGUUUUCUCCUGCCUGGGCAUCCUAGUCACGUCCUUUGUUGCCUUCAUCUUUGUCUUAUACCGCGACACGCCUGUGGUCAAAUCCUCAAGCCGGGAGCUCUGCUACAUCAUCCUGGCAGGGAUCUUCCUGGGCUACCUGUGCCCCUUCACCCUCAUCGCCCGUCCCACCGUGGCGUCCUGCUACCUCCAGAGGCUGCUCGUCGGACUCUCGGCCGCCAUGUGCUACUCCGCGCUGGUGACCAAAACCAACCGCAUCGCCCGUAUCCUGGCGGGCAGCAAGAAGAAGAUUUGCACCAGGAAACCCAGGUUCAUGAGCGCUUGGGCUCAAUUGGUCAUCGCCUCCAUCCUGGUCGGCGCACAGCUCACCUUGGAGGUCACCCUCAUCAUCAUGGAGCCUCCCGAACCCAUCAAAUCGUACCCCAGCAUCAAAGAGGUCUUCCUCAUCUGCAACACCAGCAACGUGGGUGUCGUGGCCCCUCUGGGCUACAACGGCCUGCUGAUCAUGAGUUGCACUUAUUAUGCCUUCAAGACCCGCAACGUCCCCGCAAAUUUCAACGAGGCCAAAUACAUCGCCUUCACCAUGUACACCACGUGCAUAAUAUGGCUGGCGUUUGUGCCAAUCUACUUUGGCAGCAACUACAAGAUCAUCACCACGUCCUUCUCUGUCAGCCUCAGCGUGACUGUUGCUCUGGGCUGUAUGUUCACCCCAAAGAUGUACAUCAUAAUUGCCAAACCUGAGCGGAACGUGCGCAGUGCGUUCACCACCUCUGAUGCCGUGCGCAUGCAUGUCGGCGACGGCAAAAUUGCCUGCCGAAGCAGCAGCCUGCUCAACAUGUUCAGGAGGAAGAAGAACACUGGAAACGGCAGUUCUAAUGGAAAGUCUGUGUCAUGGUCUGAACCAGGUGCAAGACAUCCUCCAAAAGGGGAUCACACGUGGCACAGACUGUCAGUGCAUGUGAGGAGACAGGAAGCAGGUUCCAAUCAGAUGGCUGUCAUCAAACCCUUAACUAAUUCGUACCAAAACACAACCCUGGACUUCUCAGACCUCAGCACUAAGACCUUGUACAAUGUAGCCGAGGAAGACGAGAGUGACCUUAUCAGAUACAAUCCCCCCAUCACACCCCCCAUGAUGCACUACGGCCAAAUUCCUGCCUGUGGACCGGUGAACGCCGGUGAGGAGGUGGAGCUCUAUAGACCUCAACAUCUGCAACCAAAUCCCAUUGUCCCCCGACACGUCAUCAUGGAGCACCUGCUGGAGGAGGAGGUGGUUGGUGAAUUCAGCAGUCACAUCCACGAGCUCAAUGACAUGAUGAGCACGCCGGAGGCCGUGAGCGGCGGCAUGCCCGUCUACCACCAGGCCCACCUCAUCCAGCAGGACCCGGUUCUGCCUCUGCACAUGGACCUGUUCGACGACGAGCCCAAUUCCCCUCCAGAGCAGGACGAGAUGGACCGUGAGCAGUUUGGCCUCCUCCAAGGCUACAUGUACAACAACGCCCAGAUUCACAACGAGGAGGGCUUGGUUGAGGUUAAAUCAGCAGUGGAGGGUUCUCUGGCCCUGAUGCCUCCGUCCCCUUUCCGAGAUUGCGCCGCUGCUCCUCCAGCGAGUCCCUUUGCCGGUUCGCCCGUUUCCGAGUCGAUUUUGUGCAGCCCAACAAAUGUGACAUAUGCCUCUGUCAUCCUGAAAGACUACAAGCAGAGCUCCUCAACUCUGUGAAGAUGCACUCUUAGUAUUACCGGCUGUACUAUAUUUUCAUGUUCUAAUGAUGUGUGCUAUAUAUGAUGACAUAGUAUGAGAGGAAAGUCAUUCUGUGGUCUGACAAGUCAUUUUUCCCUCUAUAGAUAGCUGUUACACGAUGAGCGCGAAUAACAAGGAGCCACAUUUAUUUAUUUAAUUAUUUUAGAUGUUGUGAACAAUAGAGGAAGAAUUUGCUUAUUGCAAACAUAUAUUUAUAUGCAAACGUUACAAGCUUUUAGGAUAAAACAGAUUUCGAGAUAAAGAGACAAACAUCCAAGAUUCUUCAUAUGUAUACACACUUUUAAUAUAAAUAGAUGUAUUUGAGAAAUGUAGGUGACAUAACAAGCAGAUGAAUUUGCUGAUCUUAUUUAGGGUGUCUUAGUGUUGAAUAUACGUUAAAUGUAAUGCAAAACAAUCUUAUUUGUCAAAAAAUUGGUAUAUGUUUUCUGUAACACACAAGCAAGUGUUUUGUGCUUCAUCAGGAAUGAAAAUGGAAAAGUUUAAAGGAAUAGUUUGACACUUAAAAUAAACUUUACUUUGUCAAAGAUCAAUCCCACUGAAUAUGAUCAAUAUAAAGCAACAGCUAGCAGCCAUUAGCUUAGUUUGGAAAAAGGCAGGCAGAGAGGAAACGGCUGGCCGAGCUCCCAACACGACAAUUCCUAAUGAGAUUUACACUUUUUGUGUAGAUUCAACGAACAUAUUGAUUAAUGAGCUUUAUGCUUGUAGGCAGAUUUUGUGACCUUUGAACAGAGCGAGCGACGCUUUCUCCCUCGUCUGCAGUCUUUCAGUUGAGCUGUGCUGACUUUUCUUUAAGCUAUUUUACAAAAUAUUCUUUUGAGCGAGGAGUGCUGAACAAAAAUGAUCAGGUUUAAAAGUUGAUGUGUAAACGUGUUUCCCUGUUGGAAAAAAAAGCAAUCAUCUGUGAAUUUGUGAUUGAUGCAGGACUAAUAUACCACUGCAAUGACUGUUUCACGAAUGUAGCAGAGGUUCAAGUGCCACAUUUUCUCCUUUUGUACAUCGAUCUCAAGUCAACUAGUUUCGAAUUUGUAUCUUUUAUAAUUAGUCGCCUGAUUUCAUAAUUGUAUAGAUUUACGCAUAGGAUAAAGUGAUGUUUAUCAUAUGUUUUGUGAAUGUAUGAAUUGUGGAUCAUAUUUUGAUAUUCAGGUGUAAUAAUUAAUUAACUUCGUAUGAUUCUAUUGUGUGGUAUUGUAUCACACAAUGAAUAAAUAAUAAAUAUUAAGAUCUUAUUAAGUCUGUAUAAUGUGGUAAAGUGCUACUGUAACCCUUAGUAAUAUUCAGAAAUAAGCUUUCUGCAGCCUGAUGUGUACACAGUAUAAAUGAAGUCCGCCCUUUUAAACAGGUAUCAAAAUACUUGUUUUAAUGGAGUAAACAUUUUUUAUGC